AUGCAAGCUCUUUCGGCUGAAUCAGAUCGAUGGGUUGAAUCUGGACCGAUUUCGAGUACACACCGGGUGUCUAGGCCAUGGAGACUUGUGACAGCAUUAUCCUCGGCCCUGCUGUUAUUGGGCUAUUUAAUACUAGCAGUGGUAUUUGGCGAUCAUCCCGAGGAACUGCAUAUUGAUAGGACCGCUUCGCUCGUCUUUGCCCUGUUCUUCAUCGGGACAUCCUAUAUCGCGUCGAUCGCGAUCGCUUAUUUUCAACGCAAGCGCAAACUAUUCCUUCUCCGAUCGUUGUUUAUGCCAUUUCUGGUAGUGAACUUGGUCUCACUAUUCAACGUGCUAUUCAAUAUUCUCAGUCGCAGCCUUUUCCCAUUGAAUGCGAUUCGAGUAAUCGGUAUUGGCCUUCCAAGCGCUUUCAUUAUCAUCUAUGGUCUCGCGGCUUUCUUGAUCUAUCAUGAAUAUGGGCCCAGUCAAGGCCACCGGGCCGAAGAUGGCACUCCUCUCUUGAGCCAGGAAGAGAUGCAGCGUCGGCAACUGCUUCGACUAUUACAAGAACAAGGCUCUGGUGCACCUUCUCCAAAUCCCAGUCAAAUUAAUACAACCUAUCGGCUCGAGAGCGUCCCUGGCCUCGAUCCAACCCCCAAGACUUGGGAUCCCCAUUUGAUCCCCCCGCCAUCAACGACUUGGAGCAGCUUGAGUCGAAUGCUGGAAACCGCCGCCAUCCGAGCGGCAAAGGCAUCACCUCCGUAUUUGCGACCCUACACCCUAUUUAACGUCUUCGGGCUUGCGACGCUAUUCUUGAAGUGCGACAACAUGGCAAAACGCGUAACGCUCCUUGAUCCCCCGCCACAGGACCAUUCCAAGGCCCCUAUCGAGAAUGUGCUUGACUUGACACCAGUAGUGGACCUCGGCCCAGAUGUCUUCACGAACACGCGACCGCUAUGGCACCCUCCUGGAGCCCGCGGCAUCUAUGGCGGCGCCGCCAUCGCCCAGUCCCUAUCCGCAGCCAUGCGAACCGUUCCCUCCGACUUUGCAGUUCACAGCAUGCACUGCUACUUCGUCCUAGCCGGUGACUCCGAGAUCCCGAUUCUAUACCACGUGGAGCGAGUCCGCGACGGCCGAAGCUUCAUAACCCGUACCGUGCAGGCGCGACAACGGGGACGCCCCAUUUUCACCACGACCCUCAGCUUUAGUAGGGUUGGCAGUGGUGGAGAAAAGACCAUCACACACCAAGCAUCUAUGCCAGAAGCAACUCUGCCCGACGAUGCGUUGCCCGGGACCGUGCAGGCUUUGAAUAAUGCAGGCGCGGGGCCAUUUGAGUCAAGGAAGGCGGGCAUCGUCAACCGCAAUUCCCCCAACCCCGAGGAUAAGAAAGUGCGACGCUUUGUUAGAACACGGGGCCACAUCUCCGAGGAUGGUGGUUUCCAGGCCCAUUUGUCGGCUCUUGCCUAUGUCACCGACAGCUACUUCAUCGGCACAGUCUCCCGAGUUCAUGAUAUUCCCCGAUUCUCAUCACCAGCAGAACUCCAAAGGCUACUCAAGGCAUUGAAGAAUCCUUCUGAUCUCGACGAUGAGGAUAUCACUAAGGCCUUGAAAGAGCUAAAGGAGGAGGAGGCGGCCGACUUGCGUCGUAGACUGCAAGGCGCCCUGGAUAACGCUACUCAAGGGAAAAAUAAGACCGAGAAGGAGGUUGGUAUGAUGGUCAGUUUGGACCAUUCGAUUUAUUUCCACAACCCCCGCGCUUUCCGAGCCGACGAGUGGAUGUUGAUUGAGAUGGAGAGCCCGUGGGCUGGAGAAGGUCGUGGACUGGCUAUUCAGAAGAUCUGGUCACAGGAUGGGACUUUGAUUGCCACUUGUACCCAAGAGGGCGUUGUCCGGUUGAAGCAAGAUAAGCCACCGCUCUCGAAGAUCUGA